AUGGAGUAUAAAGGUCAAUUCGACGAGAAUAAGCCGGUGAAGGAGAAAAAGUCGAAGCCGAACGCCCACGUGAAGUGGGGCGAGGAUGUGGUGGUGGAAGAGAGCUACAGCAAAAGCAGUAGUGAUGUCUCGCCACCCAGGGUCUCCGUUUAUCACAGAAUAUCGGAGUCGAGCCACGCCAGCGAUUCUCCCACCCAUGGGGAUCGCCGAUAUUACACAAAACAACCAGGCGUGACCAGACAUGUUGAAACUGCGCGUAGAGGCAGCAUCGAGAUGCGAGCGUCUCCAGCGGGUGGUGGGAAACACGGCUAUCGAAACAUAGCCAUCGGGCCAAAGCACGAGGAGCGCAUUGCCAGAACCGAAUCGAGGACGUCUUCGAGCUCUGGAUCUCCGCCGAAGCGUGAAUGGUCGAAGACGAGUGGCGAAACGGAAGUUAUCCCACUUUUACAAACUCAGCAGCGAGGCAAAAGGCCGCCAUUGAGAACACAUAAAAGCGUCGACUCAACAACGCUAACCGAUUCCCCGGUGUUAUCCCUGGCGCCCGGGAGGCGAAGAUCAAGCCUGGGGGCUGAAGAGCAUAGUAUAUCCCCUAUUGUACAUACUACACGGACCACUGCAGUAUCCGUCACCGAAAGAACAUUCCGCGUCGACUCUCCGCAUCACGUCGUCAAAAAAAUCUCGAUUACCUCCACUGGAAACCCGUUUAUCGUA